AUGUUUUUCAGCUGCAACAAAUCCGUGGCCUUCAAUCCCGAAAGUGACAUUCCAUCACUUGCUGGCAAGGUUAUUCUGCAAUGUAUCUUAGAGUAUGCGAGACAUAGUCCCAGUCAAAUCUGGUUAGCAGCCCGCAACCCGGAGCGUUGUCAAGCAGCAGCCGACGAAAUAAGACAGAAGGUUCCGAACGUACCGAUCCGAAUCCUCGAGAUGGAUUUAGCCUCAUUCGACUCGAUCCAAAAAGCCGCCCAAACGGUUCUCACGGAAUCAGACCGCCUGGAUAUCCUCAUGCUCAACGCCGGGGUUAUGGCCGUGCCGCCGGGUCUUACCAAGGACGGCUACGAGAUCGAGUUCGGCACCAACCACAUGGGCCACGCCUUACUUACAAAGCUACUGAUGCCGCUGUUACUCAAGACCACCGACACCGGCGCCGAGGUGCGAGUCGUCUCCAUGACUUCGACUGCGUUCAAGCAAGCCCCCAAGGACGCUCUCGACUUUCCUCGGCUUAGAACCACAGCCGAAGAUAUGGGUGGCUUUGGACGGUACUCCCAAAGCAAGCUGGCCAAUAUUCUUUGGGCACGCCAUCUAGCCAAAGUUUAUCCCCAGUUGACUGUGGCUUCUGUGCACCCAGGUCUGGUACAGACGGAACUGAUGGACAGAGCAAGUGAAGUGCCGGCCAUCAUGCGAGCUUUUCGCGGUGUUGCGAAAAUGAUGGCCGUCACUGUGGACCAGGGUGCGAAGAAUCAACUUUGGGCGUCGGUGUCUGAACAGGUAAAGAGCGGAGAGUAUUAUGAGCCAAUUGGUGUUUCAGGUCAGAUCACCGAUAAUGCAAAAGAUGACCAAUUAGCAGAGAAAUUGUGGGAUUGGACUCAGAAGGAGCUUGAGAGUUAGACCCUGAAAAUUAGCGUAUUACAAUAAUAUAUUUCUUGGCUGUUAUCUUCAGCGCCUUCGUCGCGUGGUACAAUACCAGCCUGUCAGGUGAUAGGUAAAGGCCAAUGACGACAGUAUAACAGAAAGCCUUCAGCUUAACAAACCGGGUGUCCUGACAAGAUGUCAAAAUAUAAUGACCUAUAAAGGCAACCCAAGACUAAAUGCUGACAUCCGCAGAACGAGACCAAUCGCUCAUUGGCGCAAGUCAUGCAAGUGGAUGACAUGGUGGAGAUCAUAGAUACUUGCAGUCUUGCUCAGU